AUGGCUCCACUAUCUCGAUACCCAUCGGUCUCUGAGCUUGUUUCUCACCUUAACGAAGUCGGGAGACAAAAAGAAGCCCAAUUGCAGAAGAUGGCACGAACUCAACGUGAUGAGCAGCGUGAAGAGCAGCGGGACUCACGCCUUGUGCCUGGUCCUAGCAGCCGUCCCAGCAACCCAAAUCCUCCACUGAUUCACCCAUCAUUUACCCAGACAACGCAGGCUUUCAUUCCUGAGGUGAAAAUCCAAGCCUGCUUCGACGCGAUGGGGGUGAGUCGCUCUCGCGAGGAGUCACUUCGUCUGUCGGGUGUCAACUGGAUCCACAGUGUGCGCAAGGCACUCCACCUUCCGGUCCGAACUUUCAACACUGCGGUGAUGUACUAUCACCAAUUCCGACUGAUGCACCCAGACAAUGACUUCAACUACGUCGAUGCUGCCGCGGCUGCUUUGUUUAUUGCAUGCAAGAUUGAGGACACGCUGAAGAAGUCCCGAGAGAUUGUGUGCGCGGCCUACAACUUGAAGGCGUCUCCUGCAGAGCUUCUGACUCCUGAUAAUCCGGUGUUUGAGGCCCAAUCCCGUGGUGUCAUCGGCCUGGAGCGGCUCAUGCUGGAGGCAUCUGGCUUUGACUUCGUUACCCGCCACCCCCAAGAGCUCCUGGCCAAGCUGAUCAAGUUCACCUACAACAUUCCCCCGCAAUCACAAGUCUCCCACCUGGCCUACCUAAUCUCCAUGGAUCUGUACAGGACCUUUGCACCACUCAAGCAGACCACCAUGACCCUGGCAUUUAGUUGCCUCGAGCUUGCGCAACGGCUUUUGGAUCAGCACGAACCCCUGGAGUCUGGCGCGGAUUAUGAAACUUUCCGUACUAGCCGUGCGGAGGUGAUGGAAACCCUCCUUGACCUCCUUGAGCUGUACACCCACAGCCGUGCCUUGACCUCCGUUGGCCCUGACUUCCCUGCGGACCAGUUCCUGAAGGUCCGCAUCCCACUCAACCAGGAGGCCAGGGACAAGCAGCUCCCACGGUACAACGGCCCCGAGACUCCUGCUCCUGCCGAAGAAUCCGGCACCCGUCAGCGCCCUCUCCACCCGCUGACGCCGCUUGCCGCCAAUGGAGACCGCCGCGGGGAGAGUAGCCGUGGUCGUGAUGCGCCGUUGCGGUUCAUCCUCGACCCGGCCUGGGCGGAGCAGGAGGGACGCCAGGUAUCGGAGUUUUUCAAGGUGGAGACUGAGGAGUACGAGAUUGAGGAGUGA